AUGAGUGCUGCACGAUUAAUUCUAAAAAAUGUCACAGAAAACCCUUUACUUAGAUCAAACUUGAACAUAAAUAACACGAGUUUACGCCAGUAUGCGUUUAAAAGCGAUUUAAAAAUCAAAUGGGUACGUCCAGAGAAAAUUCCUUGUUACAAACCUGAAAAGUCUGGAGAUCUUGCAGGUGUUCCAAAACUUGACAAAUCACAAUACCAAUUGGAUUUCCGUAAUUCCAAAGAGUUGGAAACGGCCAAUGAACAUGUAAAAAAACUGUUCAGCUUGGAGUUUGCCCCAAAAAGUGAAGUAAAUAGAUUGUAUAGGAAAGAUUUAUGUGACAGCAUUAAAAGGCAUGAAUACGAUAUGGGAUCUAUUGAAGUAAAGUUAACAAAAUGGACUGGCAUUAUUAGAGCAUGGCAGGAAGCAAUGGAAAGGUUCCCUAGAAAUAGAAUACUAAAAGUGCAUCUUAAGGAAUUGAUUGAUAAACGUAAGAAGCACUUAAAAUAUUUGAGAAGAUGGGAUUACAGGAAGUUUGAAUGGUUAAUUGAAAAACUGGAUAUUGUUUACAAACCACCUCCAAAUGAGUUCCACUGGAUAACAAGGAAGGAUUCAUUAAGAAAGCUUACAAAUACUUAUUGUGAGGACACAAGGAAUGAGAAAUUGGCAGCUUUUAGAGCUGUUUUGGAGGCAGAACAGCCAGCAUUUUUGGAGGAAAAAAUACGCACUUUACAGUUUAUAAGAGAUGAACAACAAGAUUGUGGUGCUGAUGUUACUGUAAGCCAAGAAGAAAUUGAUGGUGUUAAAAAACAAUUGGCUGAUUUGUUGGAAAGUAGGAAAGAAGAGGAAGAUUGA